GACCACAGUAUUAAGAUCCAUCACGAACCUCUACCACCGCCCAUUCCUUCUUUUGGUUUGUUUUUCGUCUUGCGCAAUCUUCAUUCGUUUACUCGAGUUUGCUCGAGCCUGCAAGAUGAAGUUCCAAGUCCUGUCGAGCUUGUUGCCGCUUCUGCUAUCCGUUCAGGCUGUGAGAAUCGUGCAAUCCAACGAUGAUGGUUGGGCAGAAGUCAACCUGCGGACGCUCCAUACUGUGCUGAAGGCCGCGGGACAUGAUGUAGUCUUGUCCGGGCCUGCGGAGAAUCAAUCAGGGAGGGGCUCUCUCGACUCUCCACCCACGGAUAGAACCGAAUCAUGCCAACAUGACAGUUGCCCGGCAAACAGCGGUCCCACAGGGUCCGACCCGAACGACGGCCGCCUCAACUGGGUCAACUCCUACCCCGUCACCUCCAUGAAGCACGGCAUCAACACGGUGGCGUCCCAGUUCUUCGGUGGGUUGCGGCCCGAGCUCGCUGUCGCCGGUCCCAACGUGGGCUCCAACAUCUUCAUCGGGGUCCAGUUCUCCGGCACCAUCGGCGCGGUCGUCUACAGCGUCAACGAACAUAAAAUCCCCGGCAUCGCUUUCUCGGGCGCGUCGGGCGACCCGACAUCGUUCACCGAACCGACUCCCCUCUAUAGCCAACUGUAUGCGGACCUGGCGCUGAACGUCACUAACACGGUAUUGGCGUCCGGUACGCCCUAUCUCCCCGACGGCGCAUGGCUCAACGUCAACUUCCCCACAGUCGGCGACGGACGAUGCGAGAAGCUGGAGGACUUCCAGUUCAUCUUCACGCGGAUCAACCCGGGGGUUUUCUCGGAGCGGGACGUGGAGUGGUGCGGAACGGAUCGGCUACCGCAGGAACUGUCAACCGUGUUACGCACCGAUGGAUGCUAUGCUACGAUUUCGGUAGGGGAUGCGGAUGACAAGAGCACGGUGGACCGGGCUCGGCAGCAGACGGUUCUAGAUAAGGUGAAGGGUAUCUUGACCUGCUUGCCAUAGCCAAAUGGGGUGUAAUGAUGGGGCAUGCUACAUCGGAACUAUACACGUCCACCCAAGGAAGAGGCACAGUCAUAAAUUCUUGGAUGGACGGG